AGACGUCUUCCCCUUUAAAUCUUUCCGCGGAACAGCAACGUGCUUACUUUGACGGGUUUGGCAUCACGGCAGUGGCCGCCUUCUCUUUCAUGUGAUUGGCCGAGCCGUGGGAAUAUUCAAAUACAGCUUUGAUUGAUUGGCCCAGGGCCGGUUUCAACAGUGCAGGGGACUCAUUUCCAUUCCGACAUCACUCUGUGUGGCACACACUGCUUGGUCGCUUGCCGAGAUGAGAUAUAAGCGGCUCCACGGAAAACAAAAUCGGUGAAAUUAUCUCCUACGCCACUGUCGAACAUGUCGAGGAAGUACAAUUAAUGGAGACAGCUUCAUGAAAUGGAUAUAUCUCCGGAGGUCUCCAGUGCGCAUCGCGAAAUCAGUUGCGAAAUUGCUUUUGCAGAGGAAAUACGCCUUCCGAGCAGGAGAACAACCAAUCAGCCGUGGAGAACCAAAGAUAAACAAGCCUUAUGAUAAGACAAAACUCUCAGGUUUAUCAAGGCUGUGUGCAGCCCCAGUGAACUAUCAUGCUGGCCUGUAUCCAGAGGCGGCAGAAUCUCUCGUCGCAGCGUCUGGCCUGCUCACCUGAAAGCCUCGAUGUACCACCGCCGCCAUUGUUGCUGUCAGUGCCACCGCUGCCACCGUGCACCCGCAAAAGCGAGCCAGCCUCCAUGAUUUCUCGGUACCCUUCUCCCGCAGAGUUGGACGCUUUUGCCCAGAAGACUGCCAACAGCCCACUGUCCAUCAAAAUCUUUCCAUCUGAUGUCCGGGUGCCACAGCAUAAACAGCUUAACAAAACAGUCAACGGCUUAGACACCACAGGCCAGCGCUGUGGCCCCUAUUCACACCCGUACUCAGGAGGCUACCAGGGGUUGUUGGCCAUUGUCAAGGCUUCUGUGGUGGUCAAAGGUGUGGUGAAAAACUCUGAGGGCAGGAGGACUAAACAUGCAAACACCCAGACUUCUGCGGCACCGUAUAAUAAUCCUCUGAAUAAUGGCUACACAGUCAGACACAGGCAUAAGGCCUAUCAUCUAAGCUCAUGUAAGCCUCCUGAUGUUCCCAUUGAGACACUUUGUUCUAGCACAGCGAUGGCCUCAGGAGAUCAGAGCCAGGCCCCCCAGUCUGAGCUGGCAGAGGUUCAAAGCCUGAUGAGGCAGAUGAGCAGAGUUCCCCACAGCCAGGCCCUGCAGCUGGGGGGAGAGGCUCGAGCCAGCCCAUCACUACAGGCUGUGGCUGCGGUGGCACAUUCAGACUCAGACUUUGUCCUGGGAGUGCCGCCCCAGAGCAGUUUGGCAUUCACGGGGGCAGUGAUACCUACACAGAGUGCAGACAUAGCCAAAGCUGGGUUCUUGGAUAAAGGAGACUACAGAGUGUGGCAGCAUAAACAUCAAAUGCAGCAACAGCAGCCCUAUCAGCAGGGAGCAGUGAGGAUGUACGGUGCUCAGGGGCACAGAGCAGCAGAGGCUGGCCAGCCUCCUGAAACCUGCCUCCCUUUGAGGUGUUCUUCUCAGCUGCCAUAUAGACCGCAUCCUGCCAACGUGGGCACUGGGCAGGAGCGAGUCAGCAGCUCCUCUCUGAACCACGCCGCCAUGCAGGGGGAGUUCUCUGUCGGACACUACUUUGCUCCUCUCUGGGAGAGUGUUGUGGCCACCCCUAAUAGCGACUGUUAUACCUCUCAGGUGAUGGCAACGGGUACGUGCGCAGCCAGGCCUAGAGACCUGGGACUCUCCCAUCCUCAUCUCCAACCAAACCGCCACCAACACCACAACCACCCACAACGACACCAGCCACAGCUCCACCCUCCUCUCCUUCCUCAUACCCAGGCCUACAGCACAGACCAAAACCUCUGUUGUGGGCUGUCUACUUCUAGUCUGUGCCACGCUGCAGUACUUAGCAGCAGCCUGCAGUCUCUGGAGUGCCUCAUCAGUGAGAUCCAUCCUCCCUGCAUCAAAGAGCGCAUGCUGGGCCGUGGGUACGAAGCCAUGGGGAUGCCUCAGCUACUGGAGCACCACCAGCAAUCCCACAUCCAGCUCCCCGUUCACAGAUAAGAUGCAGGGCUGCCACACAACAGGAUGCAGAAGUGACAAACCUUUUAUAGAUGAUGGAAGUUGUGUCAGUUCAGACAUCUAUGAGAAUGAGACAUGCGUUUUUAUUUUGUGCAUGUACUGUAUUUGUAGAAGGCUUUGUGUUAUAAGCCUGCAAGGGUAAAGGAUAAUCACGACUUAAGAUACAGGUUUAUCUUAUGGACUUUUCAUGUUUUAUUUUUAUAUCUUAAAUGGCCAUCAAAUAUGCCUGUUGUUCCUCAUUAAUACUGAUGCUGAGCUCCUAAUCAUUGGAACCUGAACUGUACAUUUUGCGGGUAGGCCUUUUACAAAGAUGAAAACUUAGUGCAGUGAAAUAAUCAUUGUGGCCCCUCUAAAAACAUUUACUUGAAACUGGGGAAGGGUCGCUGGUAACUGUUUUUGUGAAUAUAUUGUGUAUUUUUGACAUAAAAUGGCUUCUUCUUUUAGAGGGAAAGCUCCUCAAUUAUUGACUGAAAUUUUGGUUGUCUGCUGCUUUGUUGUGAAUUUAGUUCAGGCCACUUUUCAGUGCCGUACGCAGCGCCCCAGCUUCUGCUACAUGGUGCAUAUUUCUUGUCCACUGUAUGGGGAAAUAUUUUGACUGUUUGCAAAUUCGAAUAUACUCUGUUAUGCAGACAUUCAUGUUAUAUAAUUUCAACAUCUUAAUCAAUGUAAUGUAGUCAUGCUCAGCAUAAUGUAUUAGGACUGUUGCAUACCCAAAUCAACACUGUGGCAAUUCAGGCCAUGCAAGAUGUGCCCUUUGGUUGUAUUUUUCUUAGCAUUUUUAAAUUUUAAGAUACUAUGUGGACAUUUUUCUGUUCUUUUUCCUCUGAAAGGUUGUGGCUGUGGUUACACAACAGCAGGUAUAAUGGAGUGCCACCUGAAUCAUUCACAAUAUCUUCUUUGUAGGGCUAUAUUAUCUCUGAUGGUGUGAGAUGUAUGACUGAGUAGUUCUGUGUGUGUCUGCACUGGUUCUGUAAUACUAUUUAUUUAUGUCAGCUUGUUAAGUUAUAUGGCAAACUGUCUCUAUAAUUAUGAAGUGCAAUUAUUAUAUAUGAAUGAAUUAUAUGUGAGUGCUCUCCAUGAAGUAUGUUGAAAUAACUACAUUUUGCAAUGUAUGAUCCUAAUCCCUCACCCUUUUUUGCCUCUUCUUAAUAAGGAUUGUCAAGUAAAUGAAAUUUUCUAAACCCA